AUGCAAUCGACUCACGGUCCGUCCAAUGAGCACCUCUACACUGCGCCGCACCUCGAUGGAGAAGGUAUCAAGAAGGAGAGCCGCGAGGGCUUGCCUGAAAUGCCGAAAGCGCAAGGUUCGCUGCGAUGUGACCCGAACCUCUCAGCCAUGCAGCAACUAUUAUUGGGGGGGUUCACUUCAGAAGAACACAAACGUGUUGAUGGUUCUCAGUCGCUUGAACUGUUAGCAGUCUCAGUAACAUCUUCAACGCCACCCGUUGAGGCUACCUCUGUUGGAGAUGCUACCUCUCCUGAGUCCCCUGCCUUCGAGGAGCUCUACACAAACGGUCAACGUGAACAAGACACAGAGUUCUUUCAUAAUUGGUCGACCCAUUCAAAUGAUCUUUCGACACAGCUUUCAUACAACCCAUCCCACACCGAGAGUGAUGGCCCGACAUCUUUAGGGCCAGACAUAGAUGAGGAAGCGUCCAAGGGCCCGAGCAAAACCGCAGUUUCUCUUCCCAUCGACGCCGGCUGCUGGGAGGAAAUCAGGCCUGCCGAAAGGCCAUCACAGGAUAACCUUACCCUUGACUCCCAAGGGUGUUACAAGAUCCCGUCAGCACUUUUGCUCAGAAUAUUCAUUGACCAUUACUUUCUUUAUGCGGGUACUAAUACUGCCAAGUUUGUCACUGAAGAGCAUGUCAAAAGGUUGGGCUUCGAAAACGUUCGCCAGGCAAAGGAUUCAUUUUACAGAAGAGCAAAGGUAUUCCAACACAACACAGCCUCGACGAGGCGUUGGACUUGGGUUAAUCCAUCUGAACAGCUCCUAUACUAUGCACAGGACCCUUUGGAUCAUGUGUCAAUGGCACAGAGUGCUCUGUUGUUAACCCACCGGUGUUCCUCGAGCGGACAUGGUGAGCAAAAGGCAAGCAGCAUCUGGCUUGGCCGCGCCAUCCAACAUGCAAAGAUACUCAAGGCCAACGAGUGUACUUCUGCUUCGCUGCAGAAUCAAAACACGUUACGUCGGAUUUGGUUUUCCUGCAUACUUCGUGAUCGAAUCCUGUCUCUUUGCCUCCGUCGAAUGGUUCAGAUUUCACCAGCCUGUUUCGACCGCCAUGCAGAUUACGACAUGUCUUACGAUGACUUCUCAGAUGAGAUUCAGCGCUCUCGAGUCUAUGACGCUGAUUCAAAACGGCCUCUCAUCACCAUGAUGCUCUUAAUGGCAGAUCUAUGCCUUUGUCUGUCAAAUAUCUUAACAGUGGCACAUUCAGUUAGAGACCCGGCAGGGCCCCAGUCACACGACUCAGCCAGAAAGACAAUGCAGAUCUGGGAGUGCAAGAAGGAUCUCGAGACAUGGUUCAUAAAAGCAGUGUCGUCGUCACCGGUGCUUGCGAGCACUCAGCCCGGCCACCAGGAGGAUGACAGACCAAGAGACUCCAUAUUGAUGUUUGCCCAUCUUGUCUGGGUGUAUUACCAUCGAAUCACCCUCUGCAAUAGCGAGUUGCUCUUGAAUUCGGUAUCCUAUGCUCUUUUCCCCUGUGGUAGUGCCCGGAUUCCCUCAACAACGAUCGAAAGAAUACGUGUGGAGAUCUGGGAUGCAGCAACAGACAUCUCACAGAGACUUGGUCAGCUUCUUAAGCUUGGACUGGCACGCUGCUUACCGGGCAGUGCAGUGAGCUGUACGGCGCUACCACUGGCACUUCAUGUGCUAGACGCGAAGCUAUCAGCAACAGAUCAUUGCACAUCAACAGAUGCAAGGGUUGAGAAGCAGAAUCAUCUCAACGUGCUUAUCGACGUUAUGCGAGAGUACCGCCCAAGGCACGAGGAAGCAGAUUGCAUCACAAGAGCUAUCAGGUAUUUUAUGGAGUGCACAUACCUUGAACCAACUCCGUCAUCACCCAGAGAAGCCACGGGUGGACAGAGCCCUGGGAUGAGUGAUGUGCUGACGGGCAAUCCAACGCAAUAUCUCAAACUGGCCUUGACGCUUGACUUGAGCCUGAGCCAUGACCGACUACCUGUGGAGAAGGAUUUUCCUGUCCAAAUACAGGGUUUGAUAAGUAGAACUGGGUGCUUUAUGCCCAUUUUGUUCUCGUAUGGAGAUCAGGCCGACGUUAACCUUGCAGCUACUUCUACGGAACAGCCCUCAUCCGAGCUGGAACAGAGCAGUGUGAAUUGCGUAUCGCCCAAGGGCUCAGACUUGACUGGUUGGAUACAGAACGACCGGUCGCUAUUCUUUGCUCAGGAGAUGGGGUUAGGACCUUAG